GCCCCGGCCGGCAGCCGUGGAGGGCAUGUCGGACUACGAGAACGACGACGCGUGCUGGGGCGCCCUGGAGAGCUUCCGCGUGAAGCUGGUCUCCGUCAUCGACCCCUCGCGCAUCACGCCCUACCUGCGCCAGUGCAAGGUGCUCAACCCCGACGACGAGGAGCAGGUGCUCAGCGACCCCAACCUGGUCAUCCGCAAGCGGAAAGUCGGCGCGCUCUUGGACAUCCUGCAGCGCACGGGCCACAAGGGCUAUGUGGCCUUCCUCGAGAGCCUGGAGCUCUACUACCCGCAGCUGUACAAGAAGGUCACGGGCAAGGAGCCGGCGCGCGUCUUCUCCAUGAUCAUCGAUGCGUCGGGGGAGUCGGGCCUGACGCAGCUGCUGAUGACGGAGGUCAUGAAGCUGCAGAAGAAGGUGCAGGACCUGACGGCCGUGCUGAGCUCCAAGGAUGACUUCAUCCGGGAGCUGCGCGUGAAGGACAGCCUGCUGCGCACGCACCAGGAGCGCGUGCGGCGGCUCAAGGAGGAGUGCGAGGCGGGCGGCCGCGAGCUCAAGCGCUGCAAGGACGAGAACUACGACCUGGCCAUGCGCCUGGCCCGGGUCAGCGAGGAGAAGGGCGCCGCCCUCACGCGGAACCGAGACCUGCAGCUGGAGGUGGACCGGCUCCGGCACAGCCUCAUGAAGGCCGAGGACGACUGCAAGGUGGAGCGCAAGCACACGCUGAAGCUCAGGCACGCCAUGGAGCAGCGGCCCAGCCAGGAGCUGCUGUGGGAGCUGCAGCAGGAGAACGGCCUGCUGCAGGCGCGGGUGCAGGAGCUGGAGGCCUCGGCGCAGAAGGGGCGACUGGACAGGAGCAGCCCCUACAUCCAGGUCCUGGAGGAAGACUGGCGCCAGGCGCUGCGGGACCACCAGGAGCAGACCAACACCAUCUUCUCCCUACGCAAGGACCUCCGCCAGGCCGAGGCCCUCCGCACCCGGUGCGUGGAGGAGAGGGAGAUGUUUGAGCUGCAGUGCCUGGCCUUGCGGAAGGACUCCAGAAUGUACAAGGACCGCAUCGAGGCCAUCCUGCAACAGAUGGAGGAGGUGGCCAUCGAGAGGGACCAGGCCAUGGCCUGCCGCGAGGAGCUGCACGCGCAGUGUGCCCGGAGCCUGCUGGAGAAGGACGAGCUGCGCAAGCGCGUCCGGGAGCUGGGGGAGAAGGCGGACGAGCUCCAGCUGCAGCUGUUCCAGUGCGAGGGCCGGCUGCUGGCCGCCGAGGCCAGGCUGCGGCGGCAGCAGCUCGACGUGCUGGUCCUGAGUUCCGACCUGGAGGACAGCUCCCCCCGCAACUCCCGGGAGCUCUCUCUGCCUCAGGACCUGGAGGACACCCAACUCUCAGACAAAGGCAGCCUGGUGGACCCGGGGAGCCCCUCGCAGCCCCUCGCGGCUCUGCAGAAGGAGCAGCCCUCCCGGAACCCCCAGGACGCGGGCCCGGGCGGCGGCGAGCCCCAGAAGGAGCGGCGGCGGCUCAAGGAGAGCUUCGAGAACUACCGCAGGAAGCGGGCGCUCCGCAAGGCGCAGAACGGCUGGCGGCAGGGCGAGGAGGAGCGCGGCAACACCACGGGCAGCGACAACACGGACACGGAGGGCCCCUAG